UCUCUCUCUAUUUUUCCCUCUCCCUCUUUAUUUGAAAAGGCAUUUUGUGCGGUCUUUGAAGUGCAGAAGUGACACAGUGGCUCCCGAUUGUGCCGCCCCGCCCUGUUCGAGCCUUACUUUGAAUACAGUCGAUUAUAAAUACGUGUAAUUUGUCUGUUUUUAUUACAACACAUUGUGGAGGAAAGGACUGGAUUUCCCUACGCAUCGGAGCACUUCUACCUUAAAAACUAGCAUAACUUACAAUAACCUGCAUUUAUCAUGGCUCUUGUAUACCGGGCCCUUAAAAGAAAAAGUGUCGUUAUCGUGUUGAUCUGUUUGGUGGCGUUAUGUUACUGUCUCAUCGGCGCUCGUCAGACCAGUCAAAUUCCAAAAGGCUUGACUCGGAAUGGGACAUUACCAACUGACAAAAUGAGUUUAUCUACUAUUCUCACAAAAUACAUGCGGUCUUUAGACCGCUCACCUCAGAACACUACACAGAAUGAGGACACUAGAAGUUGGCUAGAACGUACACACUGGGAGUCUAAGAUUGAUUACCACAUGUAUCACUAUCUAAUUAAUCCCAAGGAUAAGUGCAACUCCAGUGGCCUGGUGGUGGAUAUUUCCGGAAACUUGACAUUGCUUGUCCUGGUGAAAUCAGCACCCGGUAACUCCGAACUGAGGGAUGCCAUCAGGAAUACCUACAUUCAGGGAGCCAUAAAGUACAAUGUGUCCGCUAGGAUCUUGUUUCUCCUUGGAUUCCAAGCACAUGGUGAAGUGCACCAAACGGAUAUCGUCAAGGAGGCUGAGACCAAUGGGGACAUCAUCCAAGAAGACUUCGAAGACUCUUACCACAACCUUACCAUCAAGGUCAUCAUGGGAAUCAAAUGGGCCAUGACAUUCUGCGGUAACAGUCACUUCGUGAUGCUGACGGACGACGAUGUCAUGUUUGACAUCUUGACCCUCGUCGAAGAUCUGUCAAAGGCAUACCCAAAACAUCACUCGGAAUUUGUACUAGGUGAGGCAACGUACAAUGCCAUUCCCUUCAGAGACCCAAAUGGCAACUUUAAGAAGUUCUACACUCCAAAGACACUGUAUCCUCAGGCCAGGUACCCGACAUACCCGCAGGGGUAUGGGUACAUCAUUUCAUGGGACGUCGUACCUCGGGUUUUCCAAGCUUCCAAGGAAAUACCCCCUCCUGUACCGUGGGAGGAUGUCUACAUGGGUGCUCUGCUCCAGAAAACUAGGAUAUCCAUAACAGAUAAGUUACCCUGGUAUAGAGAACGACACCCUGUCAAAACGGCAAUACCGAAUAUGCUAGUUCCUCACAAUGACUACUUCAUGAUACAAUUAUCGAGUGCUAAAAUGAAGACAGUUUGGGAUGCAAUUGAGAGUGCGUUCAUCAUCAAUGCGAAUAACUCUGUACAUUAGGAUAAUCAUUUUUGAGGUGAUGUUAAUUGUUAUUGUAUAAUUGUUUUAAAUGGGGGCACGCUACAAGAGUCAUAUCUCGCACCCCGGGGCAACGUGUCUGACACGGCCGGUUGUAGCAACUACUCCGAAGAUCAAGACAUUAAUCUUAAUCUAAGGAGACACGAACGAACGAAUACUACUCAUUAUCAGUGGCAGAUUCAGAGGAUCUGCCAAAAUCUUAGAUCAAAUGUAUGUUUUUCUUUGACAUGUUGACCUUCGUGGCAACAUAAUGAGAUGGGAGGG